AUGUGUUUAUUAUUUGCUUUGGUUUUACCAGUUUACGGGCUAAAGACAUACACCGAUUAUACAUCUCAACCAGAAUUUUCCAGAUUAAUAUUAUAUCUGUUACUUUGUCUACAAACCCUUAGCACGUGCUGCCUAGAAAUGCACUUUUUUAUAUUGUGCUACAUAAUUUACCAAAAGAUCCAGCUAAUCAACGAUGACCUGUCUAUGCUGAAAGUAGAUACGAUUAUCAGGAACAAUUAUCCUUUUCUUUCGCAUUCUGGCGAUCGUUACAUAACAACGAACUUUAACUAUUCCGGUUUUAAGUUGAAUGGCAUGUCUAAAGCGUGUUUCGUCAGAUACCUCCGUAUCAAAUACUAUAUAAUCGGCAAAGCUGUCAAGAAUCUAAACAACGUAUUUGGCAUACAAUUGGGCAUAUUCCUGUGUACGCUGUGGUUAAUGGCAUUGUUCGAUUUGUAUUAUGAUUUGACCCGAGGUAACCAUCCGGACUCAGAUAAUAUAUUCAUAUCAAAACUAAUCUUAUACGGAUGGAUUUUGCAAUAUACAACUAGAUUUAUCUUGAUCACGUUAAUCGCGCACAUUACGACUAAAGAGGCUUACAAGACUAAAGUGCUCAUAACCGAUAUAAACAAUCGUUUUUUAGAUCCAGGCACAAAAGAAGAACUGCAGCUGUUUUUCAAUCAAAUAUCCAGCAAUUCAAUGGAAUUCACAGCUUGUGAUUUUUUCACAUUAAAUACUCACCUGAUAACUUCUGCAAUUGCUGCAGGAACGACAUACUUGGUUAUACUUCUGCAAUUUAACUCUAGCAAUAAACAAUAAUUUAAUUUAUACUUGCAUAUGCUUGUAGCGAAGAAUACAUGCAGUCUCAUGUCUAUACCACAAUCGGCGAUUAAAUUACAGCAUCCGGAAAAACUACAUAGG